AUGGUGUCCUUAUACAACGGCAAAAGUGGUCCUUAUACCGAGGCAAGAGACGAAGGUCAUUACAGCGACAAAGAAGAGAAAGACGCUUUUAUACAACGCCAGAAAAGUUACGGACACAUCUCUCCGAACACGGACUUCGGGAAGGUGGCGACCAUCAUCUACACUAUAUUCGGGAUGCCGGUCUUCUUGUUGUACAUGGCCAACAUGGGUGACAUCCUGGCCAAGAGUCUCAAGUGGACGUACUCCAAGUUGUGCAUGUGCCGCCGACAGGAAUCCAAGUACGACCCGACGGUGGUGUGGCGGUCGGCCGACGCGACGCUGAGGGCGCCGGCGGGCCCUUCCAACUACCCUGACGGCCACCACGAGCACCGGGACCUCGAGUACCCGCCUGAGCUCGGCGACGAAAUAUCCAUAGACUCUGAGUCGUGGCGGUCGGUGCGCUCCGAGAAGCCCGACCUGUCCACCGUCAACAUCCCCAUCACAGUGUCGCUCGUGAUCAUGGUGGCGCUGCUGUACGGCGGCACCAAGCUAUUCCAAGAGUAUGAGGGAUGGGACGUUCUUACCUCCUUUUAUUUUUGUUUUAUUUCGUUAACUACUAUAGGCUUCGGAGACUACGUCCCGGGCUCCUCCGUGAGCGCGGGGAGCUCGGGGAGCCGCAUAAGCUUCAUUUACUGCUCACUCUACCUCAUGUUCGGACUUGCUUUACUCUCCAUGUGUUUUAAUCUAAUGCAGGAAGAAGUGGUGCAUAAGAUAAGCCAGUGCCUCAAAGCCAUUCGCCUCUUCAAGCGGAGAGAGUCGCACUGAGAUGACUCGUCCCUACUUGGUUUUAGUGAACUUAUUCUACCUUUAACCCUUAUGUUCUGGGCAUGUUACUUUAUCUCCUUAUCUAAACUUCCCCCACGGUGUCUUCUUGCUGUCAUUGUACGGGUGCCAACCAUACCGCCAAGAGGGUGUUCACAGUGUAGUGUUUCAAGGUCACUUAUAAUAUGGUGUAACAAAAAUGCUCACGUUUUGGCUUAUACAGCAGAGCAACGUCGGCACCGCAAUGAAGCACGGGGGCCACGAGAGGAGCACCGCCUCUUCUAACAGCACAGCGCCAAACGGCAGGUGGUCUUCCUAAUGCAACGUCGACCCCAUAAUGAAAACAAUCGCACUGUGCCGGGAAAAAAGUGUUGCCACAGUUCUUUCAUAACAUAGCAUAAAUCUUUCAGAAAGAGGAUAUGGACAAUGAAAAUAUUGUUAUACAGGGUUUUGUGCACCGACGUUUGGAAAACCGAACUGCCAGUGAACGUAAGCAUAGAUUGAAGAUUUGGAUUAAAUCACUGCAAAGUGUUUAUGGCUCCCUCGUACAUAUUGUACAUGGCGAGGCCUCCAAAGAAUAGCCAGUGUUAUGAAAUGGAAAUGGUUUGUGACAGAAAGCGAGGGUCAGAUUCUAAUGAAAUUUUCUUAAUCUGAAAACGGAAAAUAAAUUAUUUCAUUGCAAAUCAUCCCUAGAAACAAUUAGUGUCAUCCUUCGAUAAAAGCUCGUUGAGCAGUAUGCUGUUCAUGAGCGCACAUAGUUUGACUUUUGACCUGUUGGUGUCUGGACGCACUGAUCUGGGAUUGAGAGUGAUUGAAUCUGUCACAUUCCAGUAGAAUCUGCUCGUCAGUAUGUUCGUGCUGUAAAUCGCAGGAGUUCUACCGAGGUCACGGAAAUGAAACGAGAAAACACUGCCACCGCGCCCGGCCGAACGGGGCGUCGCCCGCGCGGAACGGCGAGGCGAGUGUCCGUCACCAACCGGCCGCGCGCGGGCCGGGGACAGGCGUGGCGAGAUACCAUGCGGCGUCUGAGACCCGGCCAUGUGCGUUACGGUAUGUAAAUGAUCAUGUUCUACUCGGUCAUGCGACCCAGGGAUCAUACAUGACUAGGCCGAGUGUCCCGCUGCUGGCCACGUCUUGGAAUGAGGUUGUCCAACGCGAGUCCUUCGGGUUGCGGAGCCGCCUCCGCUCUCUCCUCUGCCCGCCUUCCUUGGGCCUCCUUCGCUGCGCUCGUCUCGGUCGCCCUCCUCCGCCCUGCCCGCUCGUCGCUCUCGAGUGGGGAUCGCCCUCCGUCUGUCGUGCUUCGCGCUCCUUACCCGCCCUUGCUUUCUAGCAUGCACGCACACACACGCGCACAUACAAACACACACACACACAUACAAACACACACACACGCGCACAUACAAACACACACACACGCGCACAUACAAACACACACACACGCGCACAU